CAACACAUAUUAAAAAGCCAACCUGUGCUUCAACAUCACCUCGUUGGAAUUCCAUCUAUGGAUCUGUAUACGACUUCGUUCACCUAUCCCCGUCAUUCCCCAACGUUCUCUCCGACGUAUCUGGAUGCCAACGUCCCCCCCGCAGCCAAUCUACCCAUUCCACAAAGCCAUGUACGAUCGCAGUCGGUAGAGGCCUAUCCAGCUGGCCCUCAGAUCGCGCAAGCCCCUGCUCAAGGCCAGCCGCCUCAGCAAGCCACGCAGGCUGGAGUGCCAUCUCAGCAGACUCACCAAACUUCGCCUCGUUCAUCGCUCGAGGUCGGUGUCGAUGCAGUACAACGUGUCGCAAUGGACGCAAUGGCAGCUCACGGAUGUCUCGUCACCUUUACCAAAGCCGAUCCUGGAAAAGGCUGGAAUUUCCAUCUCAGUGGUGGUUACCAACAAGUAAUGGCGUCUAGAGGAAUGAUUAUCCGCGAGGCUCCUCUCAAUACUCGUUCCGCUAUCCGCGUCCCUCGCUCCGAGUUGCUGGAUUCAACAGCCUCCCUAUCUUUGAAGCCGGACGUGCGCCGUCGGCUCGACGAGAUUACUGCAGUCACCCAAGCCCACAUUUCUGUUGUGCAUUCACAACCGUCUACUGGGCCAGGCGCUGUCUCCGAUGUUUCUGGUGGUGCAACGACGUGGAGUGGUUUGGAGACAGAAAAGACUUGUGAUAUCGUGAUGGUCGGCCCGGAGGAGAGCGUGGAUAUGGCCAGGGUACGCAUCCUCGUGAUGCUCGAUGAAAUCAGUGGUCUGCAUGCGGAAUCGUGUGAGAUCGACUACAAGCUGCAUGCCAUCAUCGCCGGCAGGAAGAGGGCUGUCAUCCAAUCGAUUCAGGAAGAGACGGCAACAAACAUUUACUUCCCCACGCCUUACAGUGGUGUAGUUGGCUCUCGUGCAGCUUCUCAGGCUUUUGCUCAGGUGCAAAUGGGGCCACACGGCAUCCCUGUUCAGCAGUCGCCUAUGACGCCUGCGCGAGUAAAUCGGAAUGUCAUCUGGAUUACUGGUGAAUUCUUCGGUGUCCAGCGCGCUCGUGACAUGCUGUUCCAAGUGUCAAUGCACAAAGUCCGGUCUGUCAUUUCUCGCGAUACUGCCAUGUUGCCCCGAAAGCUUGAUUGGAUGCUGACCGAGCGUAUGGACGACCUGAAACAGAUCAUGAGCGACAACGGCGCCUUCAUCAACUUUCCGCCGGUCGGGUCUCAGGCCAGCUUAAUCAGUGUAUACGGCGAUAACCGUGUUUGCAUCCAGCGCACGAUCCGCAGUGUGAUGCAGUUGGCUUGCCAGUUCUACAUCGCUUCUUUCUGGCUGCUGCCAAUGACCUUCGAUGCCAUGGUUCCCUCGCAAUCCAUCAACCCCGCUCAAAUGCCGGCAGUGUUGAAGCGUAUUUCCAACCAAUCUGGUGCUGAAAUCGUUUUCAAGAGUAAUUGUUUCGAGAUGCACGGGUUGGAACACGAGGUUCGCGCGGCUGUGCAGAUUGUGCUUGAGCUAGAUAUUGUCCGGAAUUUCCACCAUGAGAUUAGGUUCCAGAUCGAACUUGCCAAUGAUCAACGCGAGUUCAUCAGCGGCAAGAAGAACGGAAAAAUCAACAAAAUCAUGAAGAUGGCUAAUGUGAAGAUCAAGUUCGAGACUUUCAAUGAUCACAACUUUUUGAUCGAUGUGGCUGGCUCUGAUCAAGGUGCUUUGCAAGGGUUAACCAUGCUUCAGGAAGAACUUCCCGCGGAGAUCUCGUUCCAUGUACCUGAGGUCUACCACAAACGGAUUAUCGGCGUAGGCGGCAAGAACAUUCAGAAGAUCAUGAAGAAAUACGGUGUAUACGUCAAGUUCUCGAAUGCUGAGGAGUUUGCCCAGUUGGGUGGAUAUAUGGACAACGAGGAUAAUGUGGUGGCUCGGACUCCUGCUAAGAAUGCGAGUAACCUCGAAAAUCUGAAGGCUUCGGUGAUGGAACUCGUGAACCCGAAGGACAAGGAUUAUACAACAGAGACUGUUUCAAUCCCACGACGAUACCACCGCACUCUGCUGGGCGACAAAGCCAUUUUUAUACACGAUAUCGAACAGAAGACCAAUUCCCUCGUUCGCUUCCCCGAUAAGGAGACUGCUUCUGAUAUCGUAAGCAUCUUUGGCCCAGAGAGCCAGGUGCACAUUGCUGCUGCUAUGCUCUUGGAGCAUGUUCCUUUUGAGGCGGACUUUUAUGUACCUCCCUCCUCUCAGCUCGAGAAUGUCGCUGUCUCUGCUGAUUUCCUCGCCUUCACCGAACGUGUGAAACGAGACUUGCACAUUGCUAUUUUCCCGCCUGCCAAACCUGGUUCGGGAGAUGAAGUCUCGUUCAAAUUCCGCUGCCAGAGGUCUAAUGUGGACUUCUUGCCUGCUGCCAGGGAGGCCCUAGAAGCCUUCUUGGUAUCCAGGCAUGUUGGUGUGUUCCAAGCUGAUCCUGCUCAGCAGGUGGGCCGAGGAGACUCGUUCGCCGAUGCAUUCGCCCAUUUCGACAGCAAGCUGCUUGCUACACCGAAUACCAACGAGGGCGACAUCAGUCGUCCGCAAGAAGGAUUCGCUGACCGACGUCUGCGUUUGGCCGCCUCCACUCCCGAUGUUAAAGCGCUCUUCAACCAAACGAACUUUGUGUACAAUAUCCCGGAGAACGAAAGCUAUCCGGCACCAGGUUACCAGCCUCCGACGCACUUUGGAUCUGACGCCCAUCUGCCACCCCCUGUGGGUAAUGAGUAUUGGCAGGCAAUGCCUUCUUUGAUGGGAGUGAAUCCUGGCCUUCACCGUCGCUUCGGCUCCAUCGACACGCCGCAUGCUGGCAUAGCUCAGACUAUGCGCACGGGAGAUGAUGUCGUAAAGCGAGGGUCCGACUCGUUGCUUGAGGCCAAACUGAAAGACUACGUCAAUAAGCCUCGCUCCUUGAGCAAUCGCGCGCAAAGCUUGGACAUGAGUUCGUUGGCUUCUAUCUCGAGGUCCGGCUCUACGACCACUGUACGUGCUGCCUCGCCUUCAGGCUCUAUAACCAACUCCACCCCGCCUUCGGCUUCCACCCCGUACUUCCCCUCCGUAACCCCCACUGCCCCCGGCGCGCAGCUCGUUCGCUCGGUGCCUCGUGCUCCUGUGGGCGUCGACGAUGUCACGAAGGCUCUUGGCCAGGCCCAACUGGAUCCGAGGAGGUCUUGAAGAGACUUGCAAAGCCACCGAUACCGCUGUUGGCAGCAACAAUGAGCAUGAGUUCCAGCGACUCGUUCUGUGAACGAAAGCCGGGGGAUCCAGUGCGCAUUGGUGCUGUCUGCCAAACAUUGGUGAUACCAUACCAAAUUGCAUUCAUGCUUGCAUUAUCUUCUUUCUAUUCCGUUUCAUUUCCUCCAUUGGAACCAACGAUCCUGAACAUUCUUCUUUGCUUGACGCGCGUGACUGCACGGUGAUACAACAACGCACCUUCAAACGUGCCCC